CCGCGUUGCAGAUAAAUUCGGCAACAACCUCACCACCAGUCGCCAUCUCCGCGCCCAACUUAUCCCCCUGUAUCCUCUCAAGCUCCCGAGAAAUCCAACAAACAAACCACAACGCUCUUUGUGACAGCACAGCCGAAUCAGCGAUCGAUGGCUUAUCGGGGGUUUAGCUAACGCGCAAUCGAUCUCCCGUCCAUCCACACGCCGGGAUGGCAUCGGCAUCAGCGGCGGCCGGGGAGGGGGGAGAGCAGCCACGGCGGUACUGGCGGUGGAGUAAGGCUGACUUCUUCCCGGAGCCCUCGUUCCGGAGCUGGCGCGCGUACGGCGGUGCGGUCGCGGGAACUUUCUCGCGGCUGCGGGACCGCGUGGCGAGCCGGUCGUCGGAGGCCGUCGAGGCGGGGACGCUGCUUGCCGAGAGCGAGAACCCGCUGCGGCAGUGCCUGUCCUGGGUGGACCUCGCGUUCCUGGGCUUCGGCUCGGUGGUGGGUUCCGGGGUCUUCGUGCUCACCGGCCAGGAGGCGCGCUUCGACGCCGGCCCGGCCAUCCCGCUCGCCUACGCCGCCGCGGGGUUCUCUGCGCUGCUGUCGUCCUUCUGCUACGCGGAGCUUGCCACGGAGAUCCCGUCGGCCGGCGGGUCAUUCUCGUACCUCCGCGUCGAGCUCGGGGACUUGGCUGCCUUCCUCGCCGCGGGGAACAUCCUUCUUGAGGCCGUCGUGGGCGCCGCGGGGCUCGGGCGGUCGUGGACGUCCUACCUCGCCGCGCUCAUCGGCCGGGACAGCGACGCGCUCCGCAUCCACGUUCCCGCGCUCGCCGACGGGUUCAAUCUGUUGGACCCCAUCGCCGUCGUCGUCCUUAUCACCACCUCUGCGCUCGCCAUGUCCGGCGCGCGUAUCACGUCCACCAUCAACUCGCUCGCGUCGGUGGUCGGCAUCGCCAUCAUCGCGUUCGUGCUGGCCGUGGGGUUCUCGCACUUCGACGUCGGCAACCUCGAGCCGUCCUUCUUCCCCUUCGGGGCCGCGGGUGUGUUCCGCGCGGCGGCCGUGGUGUACUGGUCCUACACCGGCUUCGACAUGGUGGCCACCAUGGCAGAGGAGACCAAGAACCCCGGCCGCGACGUGCCGCUGGGCCUCAUCUCGUCCAUGUCGGCCAUCACCGUGGUCUACUGCGCCAUGUCGCUGGCACUCAUCGGCAUGCAGCGGUACAGUGAGAUCGACGCCAACGCGGCCUUCUCGGUGGCGUUCGCCUCCAAGGGGCUCAAGUGGGCGCGCUACAUUGUGGCGCUCGGCGCGCUCAAGGGCAUGACGAGCGGCCUCCUCGUCGGCGCGCUGGGCCAGGCGCGCUACACCACGCAGAUCGCGCGCACGCACAUGAUCCCUCCCUACUUCGCGCUCGUUCACCCCAGGACGGGCACGCCCAUCUACGCCACCGUCGCCGUCACGCUCGGCGCGGCCUGCGUCGCGCUCUUUUCCAGCCUCGACGUGCUUGCCUCCGUCUCCUCCAUCAGCACGCUCUUCAUCUUCGCGCUCGUCGCCGUCGCCCUCCUCGUCCGCCGCUACUACGUCGCCGGGACCACGUCGCCCAAGCAGCUCCGCACAUUCCUCGCCUUCCUGGCGCUCAUCGUCCUCUCGUCCAUCGGGCUGUCGGUAUACUACAACUCGGACUACGCCGGGCGGUGGCCAGGGUACGUUGCGUUCGGCGCCCUCUGGGCUUCCGGCACGGCGGGGCUAGCGCUGUGCGCGAGGCAGCAGCGCGCGCCCAAGGUGUACGGCGUGCCACUCAUGCCGUGGCUGCCGUCUAUGUCCAUCGCCAUCAACCUCUUCCUGAUGGGCUCGCUCGGGUUUCUGGCCUACAUGCGCUUCGGCAUCUGUACAGCGGCAAUGCUCGUCUACUACGUGCUCUUCGGCGUGCACGCCACGUACGACGUCGCGCACUCCCGCGGGGAGACUGCGUCCGCCGACGCCGCCGUCGACAGCGCUGAGCAGGGCAAGGUUGUGCCGGUGUCCACGCCGCUGGCGUCGUGAGAGAAAGGCCUUUUCUUUGGUUAAUUUAGUAAAAGUUUUCAUUAUUUUUCUGUUUGGCAUGUCAGUAUGUGAAUUUCUAGGGUGGAUUUGAGGCAGAUCUCUUGAAUUGUUAAGUUCAGUCAUUGUUAGCUUUAGUUGAUUGGGAUUUCCAAUUCGGAUUUGCUCAUCUGCGAGCUGAAGCAGCUCUGCAGAAAUUUGUUUAUGCAAAAAAAAUGCCAAUUUUUCUCGAUC